UGUUCUUGUGCUUUUGACAGAAAGGAGAAGGAAAAAAAAUAAAAGAACUCUGAGCUUCUCUGGAGUUUUGUUAUUGGUUGGUUGGUUAAUUUUGUGAGAUUUUUGGGAGAUGGGUUUCUUUGCAUUGGUGACGGGAAAGCGAGGGCCAAGUGGAUUUGGAUCAGCUUCCACUGCUGAGCAGGUUACUGAAGGAGUUGAUGCAUCCAACGUCACCGCCAUUGUUACUGGAGGGGCUAGUGGGAUUGGGUUGGAGACUGCAAGGGUGUUGGCACUCCGCGGAGCUCAUGUCAUCAUCGCCACCAGAAACCUUGAGGCUGCAAACGAAGCUAAACAGCUUAUUCUUAAAGACAAUCAAACUGCUCGAAUCGAUAUUCUGAAACUUGACCUCUCCUCUAUCAAGUCUGUUAGAGCAUUCGUCGAUAGUUUCAACGCUCUCGAUCUCCCUCUCAACCUCUUAAUAAACAAUGCUGGUGUUAUGUUCUGCCCCUUCCAGCUUUCAGAAGAUGGAAUAGAGAUACAAUUUGCAACCAAUCAUCUUGGUCAUUUUCUGUUAACAAACCUUCUGCUUGAAAAAAUGAAGACUACAGCUAAAACUACUGGUGUAGAAGCCAGAAUUGUGAAUUUGUCAUCAAUUGCUCAUACAAGCACUUACGAAAGCGGGAUUCGAUUCGACAGGAUCAAUGAUCCAGAUAGUUACUCCACGUUAAAUGCAUACGGCCAGUCCAAAUUAGCAAACAUACUGCAUGCCAAUGAGCUCUCUCGUCGAUUGCAGGAAGAAGGGGUGAGCAUUACAGUCAACUCUGUCCACCCAGGAUUGAUCACGACACGUCUCAUGAGGCAUAGUCCUCUUUUGAUGAAGGCUUUUAAGAUGUUCACCUUUUGCAUGUGGAAGAAUGUACCUCAGGGAGCAGCCACAACAUUGUACGUGGCACUGCACCCAAAGUUGAAAGGUAUAAGCGGAAAAUACUAUGUCGACUGCAAUGAGACGAAACCCAGCAAAGAUGCUGGUGAUGAAAACUUGGCUAAAAAGCUUUGUGACUUCAGCAACAAGUUGAUUGAUGGAGCUUCCAAAAUCUGAAUCUAGGAAGCAUCCUGUGUUAAAUCUGCGACAACAUUAUUAUAUGCAAAGGCUUGAGAGAAACUUACAUACCAUCGAAAUGUUAAAGUCUACAUAUUAUUAAGUGAUUAAUUUGAAAUACAGUCGUUUUGUCAUAUUAAUUGUUUGAAUGUUAUUUCCCAUAAGGAAUAAGCCGUUUGUUGGAUAAUAUAGGUGCCAUUAGGGUCAUAGUGAUUGUCAUAAUUAUUUAGUUUUAAUGUUAGUUUAAAUUGAAAUUUUGCUUUGGAGUGAACUCCUUGU